CCUUUCGUAUUCGUGCAUCUAACCAAAUCCAUUUUCAGAAUUAAGUUGAUUUGCAGUGUUUUAUAGCUUACCGGAAGUCAGAGGACAUGUCUUUGAAGUACAACGAAAAAAACUAUCCGUAUAUAGAACUCGAUGGCAGAUAUCAGAUCUGUAUUCAGGAAGAUCACUGUAAGCAUGAUGAGCAGUUCGCGGCCAAAGCCCGCCAGGAAAUCAACGACAACCCGGAACAUGUAACACGGGCAAUGGAGGAAGUUCGCCGUUUGGUUGGCGCCGAUGAGCGUUUCAAUCUUCCGUUUCAUGAAGAUUGGUACGUAACCACGUACCUACGGGCAGGUGCGAAUGAUCCACAAGAAACUUACCAGAUCCUUGCCGAUACCGGUUACCAAAAGUCUACGAACUGUGACUACUUUGGUAGCGUGGCAUCCAUACGGCACGUAUUUGACGAAGGUUUGGUAUGGUUGCUUCCCGAGCGCGACGAGGAUGGUUCGGCAGUUGUUGUUGUUGAAUCCGGAAAAAAAUGGAAUCCUUCAAAAGUGUCACUGGUGGAACUGAACACCGCUUGCAACGCUCUCAUUUCGGCUCUGAUGCAAAGUGAAGAAGUACAAAUUCAUGGCUACAAAAUGAUCAGCGAUGUGGAAGGCCUUUCGAUGACGCAGAUAAUGCAAUUUACGCCACAGGCUACCAAGAUAAUGCUGGAUCAGCUGGACAAGUGUUCCCCUGUAAGAUUACGGCAUGUCCACACCGUCAACAAUGGAAUGGUGUACAAUGUUCUGUUUUCGAUCAUGAAGCCAAUUAUGUCGAAACGAAUGCGCGCGAAGAUGAUGAUCCACGGCAGGAACUGGACCGAACUUGGCAAAUACAUUAGCCUAAAAGUGCUCCCACCGCGAUUCGGCGGAACUUCUAAAGCACCCGCUUACGAUGGUCGGCUGCUCGGUGAUUUGAUGAUGCACUACGAUGAAUGGAUGAAGAGAAUGCACGGAUUUGGUUUUAAGCGAAAAUACUAUAGCAAAGGUGCUCAAUGAGUUGUGUUUCAAGGUUCUUUACAUGGGUUAAUUGGAAUAAAGCACGGUACAGAAG